AUGCAAGGGAACGGGAUAGAUGGUAAUGAAGUCCCCAAAAUCGCAAGUCCAGGGACUAAUACAUUGAUCAGCUCCCACUCGCGAGUUCUCUGCAAACCUUCUGUGGAAGCAUUUGAAGCUGCAAUUCGAAUUGCAAAUAUUGACCCACAGAAGACAAUAUUCUUUGAUGAUAGUGCUCGCAACAUUGAGAGUGGGAAAGCAGCAGGACUUUAUACUGUUAUUGUGGGAAGCUCCACUCUAGUGCCUGGUGCGGACCAUGCUUUGACUAGCAUCCACAAUAUCAAAGAGGCCCUGCCUGAAAUAUGGGAAGGUGGAGAAAGAGAGCAGGAGGUGGAGCAACUGAUCCAGUCAGCUCCAGUUGAAACUGUAGUCCUCGCAUAG